AGUUUUUUUAUAAACAUUUGACAGUAUGCAACAUUUUAAUAGUAGUAGUAGUGCUUCAUUUGUAAAUAUUAAAAAAAUCGCGAAAAUGUCAGCUGAACGCCGACGACGUGUUUCCAACAGUGGUGGGAGAACCCAGAAAUGUUUCCACACGCCUUGCGGACUGCUAGUCAGUAUUCACUUUCUAAUCGCGCCGAUCGCACUCGAUAAGAUACAAUAAAUUUGAUCGGUUCACUAUAGUCCGCAACUCCGAACCGCGAUGUCUUACGAAGACUUGUUGUCCCAACUCAAGUGUCACCGUCAAGAACACCUGAUCAAAUACUGGCCGCAGAUAAGUGAAAAUGAGCGCGAACAAUUGGCGGGAGAGCUCAGAAAAAUCGACUUUGUGGAAAUGAAUGAUAUUUUCCAUAGAGCUAUGGAGUCGUCGAAAGUUAUUGCGGAGAAACUGGACGACGAUUUAAAGCCGAUUCCUCAGUCCCAUUACGAAGCCGUGCCGAGUUUGAGCAGGGAAAAAAUAGAGGAAUAUGAAAAUAUAGGCUUUAGAGAGAUUUCUGAGGGAAAAGUUGGUGUUUUGCUACUCGCUGGCGGGCAGGCGACCCGACUAGGUUUUGGACACCCCAAAGGAAUGUACAACGUCGGUUUACCGUCGCAAAAAACUCUGUUCCAAAUUCAAGCUGAACGGAUAGUUCGGUUGCAGAAAAUGGCUGAGGAAAGGACUGGAAAAGAAGGUAAAAUCACUUGGUAUAUCAUGACUUCUGAACAUACUAUGUCUCCCACAGCCGAGUUCUUUAAGGAUCACUCAUUCUUUGGCUUAGAGGAGGAAAACAUUGUGUUUUUUGAACAGGGAAGACUUCCAUGCUUUGAUUUCAAUGGUAAAAUACUAUUGGAUGAGAAAUACCAGUUAGCUUCAGCCCCUGAUGGGAACGGGGGUCUGUACCGUGCCUUAAAAACCCAAGGAAUGCUGGAUGACAUUUCCCGACGAGGUGUCGAACAUUUACACGCACAUUCAGUCGAUAACAUCCUCAUUAAAGUUGCCGAUCCAGUAUUCAUUGGUUACUGCUUGAGCAGAAAUGCGGACUGUGCUGCUAAAGUUGUCCAAAAAUCUUCACCGAGUGAAGCCGUUGGAGUUGUGUGCAGAGUCAACGGACAUUACAAAGUGGUGGAAUACUCGGAGCUCAGUGACGAAGCUGCUGAAAGGAGGAAUCCUGACGGAAGACUUACAUUCUCUGCCGGUAACAUCUGUAAUCACUACUUCUCAUCUGAUUUCUUAAAGAAAAUAUCAAACUUUGAAAGCAAGCUAAAGCUCCAUGUUGCUAAAAAGAAGAUCCCAUACGUAGAUGAGAACGGUGUCCGGCAGAAGCCAACGGAGCCUAACGGUAUUAAAAUGGAGAAAUUCAUCUUUGAUGUGUUUGAAUUCGCUGAGAAAUUCAUUUGCUUAGAAGUAGCAAGAGACGUUGAGUUCUCUGCUUUAAAGAAUGCCGAUUCAGCCGGUAAAGAUUGCCCGUCGACCGCUAGACAGGAUCUUCUAAGGUUACACAGAAAAUACAUCAGGGAAGCUGGUGGUAUUAUCAAAGAUGAUGUAGACGUGGAGAUAUCACCGCUGCUUUCUUACGGAGGUGAGAAUAUCGAGGAUCUGGUGAAGAAUGAGGUGUUCACCAUCAGCCCGUUCCAUUUGAAGAGCAUGGAAGAGGCGGCAACCAAUGGAGUCAAUGGAGCCAAUGGUAAACAUUAAUUUACAAUGAUUAUCUAUCCAAGCUCAAAGACAUUUUUGCGGAAAUUCCAAAAACUGCUGUUCUAAAAAAAUAGAAAAAUAAUCUUAAAUAGGUUUGUAUUGAUAACAUAAAACAGAAUAUUUGGGGCAUUAUCUAUGAAAAGGGACCUUAUUAUCGAUGGCGCUUACGCCGCACAGCGUCGCGCGGCAUUGAAUUUAUAUCGGGGCAUCGUUAAUAAUGGCGUAAGCGCCAUCAACAAUAAGGUCCCUUUACAUAGAUAACGUCACAUUUUAAACAAGACACUCCCAGAUGAUUACUGGUACAAGAUAACAUUUUUAUUAUCAACAACUAAUUAUUUUUGUACAAAUAAUGAGGAGUAUAAAUGAAAUAUAAUUAAAUAGUCAUUCAAUUAACUAUUAAAACUACAUUAGUUAAUGUACUUUACAUACUUUGUUUAGUUAUGGGCUUUUUAAGUGCAAAUAAAUUUCAAACACAAAGAUACAUUACCUACAUAUUACAUUCUAUAAAAUUGUAAUCAACUGUCAAUAUGAUUUUUUCUGUAGGGUAAAACUACCUAUAUUUGGCACUUCUUCAAUUAUUGUAAUUUUGGUACUUUGACUUACUACUUACUUACUUUUUUCGAUAGUAUCAACAAUACAAUUUUAAUAAUUGAUAGUUUUGGUGCCUAUCUAUAUUACUCUAUUUGUACGUUUUGUUCAUUUAGGUUAGUUUUAUAUACAUUUAAAUAAAAUAACAUAUGCUAUUCAAUACUUAUGGCCCUACUAAUGAAACCGACAUCACAAAACACAGUUAGCACGAAAAUCGAAAAUAUUUGGUUUAUCGGUUUUCGCGGUAAGCCCUCUGUAUACUAUACUCUGUAUCUUUAGGUAUUUAAAUAAAAGUAAACAAACAAUUUGUAAAUUUUCGGGUAGUUAUAACAUUUAUUGGUUAACCAACCAAAUACAAAAUCGCCUGGAUCAGUCACUGAACGACCUGACUUUAACCUACAUUAUUUAAUCAUGUUAUGUUUUCAUCUACCCUCAACUGGCUUAAGGAGCCAUUUGAGGGUAGAUUUUGUUUACUUUUAUUUAAAUACCUAAAGAUACAGAGUAUAGUUAUCAUAUUACAAGAAUUAGAAAGUCAAUGAAUUUUACAUAAUAAAAUAACCCAUAAAAAUACAUGUACCUAUAAAAAAAAAUUAUAAACUUCGUUAUUCCAAUCAAUAAAUUGAUUUAAGUUAUUCUUUAAUGAUCUCUAAUUUGUAACUGCCUUGGAUAGUAAUAGAGUGAGACAAUAGGUAGGAAACAAGGAAAAAAUAGACUGCAUUGCAACAAGAUUAACUUAGCCAACAUCUAUAAAUAUGAAGAUAUACACGGUGGCUAAAAAAUAACUGUAUUCCCGUUGCCAGGGACGUUUUGGGAUUAUACUAAGCAACCAAUGGAACCAACCCCAAAAUCACAAAAAAAAAAUUACCCUCCCAUAGAAAAUGGACCAUAGGAAACAGCCAAAACUUAUGCUAAAUAUUAGAUUGUCUAAUUUUUUCUGACGUAUAUUUUUAAAAUAUGGGAACAACAGCACUGAAUUGUACAUGUACAUACAUAAAAUAUGUAGUUCCGUAUAAAAAGGGCCCUUUCGGUGAUUGGUUUGAUACUUUAUGGGAGAGCGAUGUAAAUUAAAACUAUUAGAAGACUUCUCAAUAUGACGAAAGUGAAAAUACCUAAAUACAUAUAUACCUUUUCAUCGUAACGAUGUAUUUGUCAUAUAUGUAAAUAUAACUUGUUAGAGAAGCGUUGACUGCGGUCAAUGUGAGAUUUGAACGUUUUGUAUGUUAAAAAUGGUACGGUUUAUGGACCCGAUAUAAGAAUAUAACUAAAUAUGAUAGGUACGCCAUACCAACAUCGAAGUUUUGUUGUUCGGUUCGCGCUUAACUUUGCCAUAAAAUAAAAUAUGCCGGAAUGUUAGAAUAUUUUGCGCAUUAAGUUACUACACCUAGUAUAAAGUCGUACCUAAGGGUAUACUAAUGCUAUAAUAAAUAGUUUGUACAACUACAAAAUGUAUUUAAAAAAUGAUGCAAAUAUCUCAAACGGCUAAAACAUGGUACAAUGUCGCGUAAAAGCAAUACGUAAUUAUAUUUUGAAAGACAUACAUUGUAUAUGUACAUAUUUAUAGGCCUAAAUGUAUCUUGGCAAUGUUAAUAUGGCCAAUAUCAAUGUAAUAUAUCAUUCUAGCUGGAGCACAAAGAUUUAUGGCUAUAGUUUGAAUGUUCUCAAAUGAUUUUUACGCCUAAGACCCUAAUCUGUUAAACAAUGCGGUUAAAAAGCAACCGUAUCGUGAUAGUAUUAAAGUUCCAAUCUAUGUAACAGCUCAUUCGAGAUAACAUGUUUUGGUAAUGUAGUAUGGUCGACCGCCCCAAUGAAGGCGAGAAUAAACAACGCUCAUAUUUGAACUUUAUUACUAUCGUGAUAUAGUUGCUUUUUAAACGGCAUUGUUGUUUUGCCACGCGCCAAAGUUGGAAGCUUGGGCUCGUCAUAUAAUAACCAAUGGCUUUUGUUUAACAGAUUAGGGUCUUAGGCGUAAAAAUCAUUUGAGAAAACUCAUACUAUACUUGUAAAUUGGUCCUUACGACGUAUUCCAUAAAGUUGAUAUUUCUUCAUGCUAAAUUAUUGCAAUUAAUAUUUUAUUGUCAAGCCACUCUGUCUCGGCGUAAAAUUGUAAAUAUAUUAAAGUAAAAUAAGUCAUAAUCAUAAGUUAAUAUAUCAAUAAACAUGCCUAAAUGGUGUCUUAACUUUUUGCUGUACAACGUUUAAUAGAAUUAGACCAAGAAAAGUCUUCAGCGAUCUUGAUAGCCCACGCAGUGCAAAUGUUAUUUUAAACGUCAAACUUCUAUGAAAUUAUGACGUAGAAAUAACACUUGCACUGCGUGGGCUAUCAAAAUCGAUGCAGACUAUUCUUCCUCCUCCAUUACCUAUCUCUAUUGCACACGCAUAAUUAUAUCCCUGUCCCGCUCGCACAGUGGCAUUGACCGCCGGCAUCAUGGGCGGGAAAGCUAUAUAAUCACGCGCGUGCGAUAGAGACAGCAAAUGGCGGGUUCAAUGAACGAAAUUCUUCGUCCUUACUUACGUUCAGCAAAAAUAUAGGACGCUUUUUAAUAUGAAUACUAUAUAGCAAUAUUAAUUAUGUAUUACUAAGUUAGUUGCCUUCAGGAAAUGCUCUAAACGCAGGGAUGUUGUUAAUAUAAAGACUACCUAUCCUAGUCUGUAUGUUUAGGUAUUUAAAUAACAGUAAACAAACAAUUUGUACAUGUUCGGGUAGUUACAACAUUUAUUGGUUAACCAACCAAAUACAAAACCGUCUGGAUCUGUCACUGAACGGCCUGACUUUAACCUACAUUAUUUGAUCAUGUAAUGUUUUCAUCUACCCUCAACUGGCUUAAGAAGCCAUUUGAGGGUAGAUUUUGUUUACUUUUAUUGAAAUACCUAAAGAUACAGAGUAUAAUUGCAGAUGGUGACGUCACACUAAAUUGUCAAUACUCAUAUGAGUCAAUAUAAUACGUAUGCCGAUUGCCGAUGGCCAAUUUUAAAAUAUACCACCAAGUAGGUACCUAAAUAUCGUUGAGUAGGUACACAUUAUACAAAUACAUGAAGUCUUGAUUUGUUCGUGAUAUCGGUACAUAUUUUUCAAAAUUGGCUGUCUGUUUAAUUUGCUAUGUAAAUCAUAUAUGGCGCAUUAUCUAUGAAAAGGGACCUUAUUGUCGAUGGCGCUUACGCCUCACAUCGUCGCGCGGCAUUGAUUUAUAUCGAGCAUCGUUAAUAAUGGCGUAAGCGCCAUCAACAAUAAGGUCCCUUUUCAUAGAUAACGUCACAUAUUGGAAUCUAAAUUCUACGAAUAUAUUAUAAUAUAUACUAUACAUUACAAAAAUGAAUUUCUAAAAUUUAUGUUCAUUAAUAAUUUAUACUUUACAUCACAUAGAUAUAUUCAAAAUUAUGUUUUUUUUGUUUAUGUUUGCUUAAGUCAUAAUAAGAUUUUAUGUACUUAAUAAAUAGUCAUAAUAAAUGAGAUUUUAUAUUUACGUUCCUUAUACAAUAAAAUAUUUGAAAUAA